AUUACACAAGUGUCGGGUAUAACCAGACCAGUGUACGUCGUGCUCACGCGAGGACGAACUUAACCUCGCUCGCGCGCGCGCGCUCUCUCUCUCUCUCUGCCUUCGGCGUGUCCAUCACGGUGUGUCGCGCCGGCGAAGAUUGCUCGUCAGAGUUGCUCCGUGUGCACCGUCCUCUCCGACGUCAUCGUCAGACCGGCGUGAGAAGAGAACGCAGGCGCGUUUCGCUGCCCGGCGCAUUUCGGCGUCCGAACGGAACGAGAGGCGCCCAGAGGAGCGGCAGCGGACCGCGCGCGCACGCCAAGGGACACAGUCGGCGUUAUCGCGCCAAACAAGCCCGUCAUCGACGUCGCCGUCGCCAUCCGAGGAGCGUCGCGAAGCCGCGGUUUCCCGUUUUCGCGUUCCCCGUUCGCGCGCACCACGUGCCACGAGCGCGCGAUGAGCCACAGCAGCGAGAACAGAGGGCGGAAUGGCCACGUGCUCGUGUGGGACCAGACCGGCCUCGAGGAGGACGAGCGGGAAAGAAAAAGGAAAAGAGACCGAUUUGGGAAGCGUCACAUGGUGACUUUCAUGAUAUUCCUUGGUAUGGCUAAUGCCUACAUAAUGAGGACCAAUAUGUCUGUGGCUAUUGUCGCGAUGGUCAAUCAUACUGCUAUCAUGAGCAACGACGAGGUGAUGGAAGCCGUGGGCGAAUGCGGAGAAAAUAUGAACGAUACUAACGUUGCCGAGCGCAGCGAUGGGCCAUUUGAUUGGGACAACAAGCAGCAAGGCUACCUCUUAAGUUCAUUUUUCUGGGGCUACGUGAUAACGCAGAUACCGUUCGGUAUACUCGCCAAACGUUACGGUGCCAAAUACUUCCUCGGGAUCGGCAUGCUGAUUAAUUCUCUCUUCGGACUGCUGGUCCCGGUAUCCGCGUUCUGGGGAUAUUGGCCGUUGAUAAUCGUUCGUUUUAUUCAGGGCUUAGGAGAGGGUCCUAUUGUGCCUUGCACGCACGCACUGCUGGCGAAGUGGAUACCACCGAACGAACGGAGCAGGAUGGGUGCCUUUGUCUAUGCUGGUGCACAGUUUGGUACGAUAAUAUCCAUGCCGUUGAGUGGUCUAUUGGCCAAAUGGGAAUUAGUAGGCGGCUGGCCGUCUAUUUUCUACGUGUUUGGUGCUAUCGGUAUUGUCUGGUGCAUAGCGUUUCUUAUAUGGGUUUAUGAGGAUCCCGAGCAACAUCCAAGCAUCACAGAAGACGAGAAGAAGCUCAUACUCAGCUCUCUCUGGGGUAGCGCCGGCAUAUCUUCAUCGCCCCCUGUGCCAUGGAAGUCCAUUGUAACUUCGCUAUCGUUUUGGGCUAUUUUGGUGGCGCACAUGGGUCAGAAUUAUGGAUACGAAACAUUGAUGACUCAGCUUCCAACAUUUAUGAAACAGAUUCUCCAUUUCCCUAUCGAGCAGAAUGGUAUCUAUUCAGCACUUCCAUACUUGGCCAUGUGGCUCUUUUCCAUGUUUAUCUCUCACGUCGCCGAUUGGAUGAUCUCUUCGGGGAAAUUAACUCACACUGCGACUCGCAAGAUCGUUAAUAGCAUCGGCCAGUUUGCACCGGCCAUUGCAUUGAUUGCUGCUUCGUAUACCGGUUGUAAUGCCAUGUUGACAGUAGGCAUUAUUACAUUGGGAGUCGGUCUAAAUGGCGCUAUUUAUUCCGGUUUUAAAGUAAACCACCUCGAUAUCUCUCCGAGGUUCGCAGGGAUCUUAAUGUCCUUCACAAAUUGUAUCGCCAAUCUCGCGGGGCUCCUCGCGCCGAUUACUGUUGGAGAGGUUAUUGCUAAAUCGCCAUCGCAAGCAAAAUGGAGGAUUGUGUUUAUGAUCUGCGCUGGUAUUUAUUUGUUCUGCGCAACAUUCUACGCAAUUUUCGGUUCUGGUGAAAGGCAAACGUGGGACAAUCCAGAUAAGGACGACGACAAGAACGAAAAGAAUCAACUGGACGGUGUUAGAAGCGUGAACGAGACUCAACAUUGACAAGUGCAUAUUUUAUCGAUGAGAGUCAGUGGUGAUGCGAAGAAAUUAACACUGACGACGUGACAAUUGUGUCCACUUGGCCAUUUCUGUUUUUGCACAUUCAUUCCCUCCCUAUUAUUUAGCCGUUCGAAACAAACGAGUACAUUAAGACAUUUAAGUUAAUCUCAGAAUUGUAUUUUUCUUUUUUCUUUUUUUACCGUAAUGAUACAAAAUUUUUCAUGAUAAUUGUCACAAUUCGCGUUGUAAGUAUCUCUUCAUACUUUUGCACUUGCAAAAGUUCAUCAGUUACUUUAAUGUUAUAUCGUGAGUUUCGCGUGAAAGACAAUUUGUAUGUGUGUAAGAAAGAAAGGAAGAGUGAGAAAGAGAAGAAGAUAAAGGUAUGUUUAGAAUAUACUCAUAACUAAGCUACUGGUAUAAGAUUCGAAUUGCGUCAUUUAUUGUAUUUUAUAAUUUAUAAAUUUUUACAUAAUAAUCUCGCGUAUUAUGUAGAAUUAGAAAGUCGCACUUUAAGAACUGGUAUGUUAGAGAAACGAUGGGAGAGAUGAUUCUCAAAAGAAUUUAAAAAAUGAAAACUAUAACUUGUAGAUAAGCGAAUUUCCAUGAACUUGCCGGAGACGUCAUGACAACAAAUCAAAGCGAGUAUAAUUUUAACGAGAUUACAAAACCCAUUUACAUCAUUGUUUCAUAAUUGUAUAUCGAAAUUAUCUAAACAAUUAAGAUAUUCGAGUUGAAGAUGAAUGAAGUUGUAUAUCGCUGUUGCUUAAACAAAUGAGAGAAAUCAAGUUUUUUAAGCGCGAUGUUAAACUCAUUUGUAUAACACCGUUAUUUAUGUAACAUUAGUUUUGACAGAAUCAAUAUCUAGUAUAUCGCUGUGUAAAUUUUGACUUACACAGUGAACUGUCCAUUAAUUCAGACAUCUCUACAGGUGUUCCACAUUCGAGUAAAACUUAUAUUAAUCUCGAUCUUCCUACUUUGUACAGCACAUUAGCCGCUUUGCUAUUUUUGUAAAAUGGAAUAUAUGUCUGUGCUAAGAUUCGUACGAGAGAUUUGAUUAGAUUCACAACGAUCAAGCCGGAGAAGGAACUGUCGUUGUUUCCCCAACGCUUAUCUUCAAGGAUUGUAGAUUUCGUGUUUGUAACCUGACAAACUUAUGGUAGCAGUAUUAGAGCAAAGAUCCUCAUCGUUCAGCUUCCUUUACAUACAUCACUUUUUAUUGUAAUUACUGCCAUUUUGUAUUGCAUGUGUUACCUGGAUGAAAUGGGUGAUAGUAACGACAAAUCCCAGUCUUGCCGUUAGGCGAGGGAGAGACCCAGGGCCUGUUCUUAAUGUAGAAAUUGCGAACAGCACAAUGUGUACAAAAAUGGUGUUUAUACAUAUUGUAGAUAUUUGCGCGUCAGAACUCUCUUAAGUAAUAGAGUUACUGCUCGUAGUUAUUUAUAUAGCGUUUACAGAAAACAAGAAUCAUUACCUCCAGCCUAAGAUAGAAAUCGUCAAACUGAAUGGUUUUGCACUUGUAUAGUAGAAUGCAUUUUUUUUUUCAUAAUCGUAAGUCUCUUUUUUUCAUAAGCUGCACAACCAAACAAUUGACGACAAUUGUAAUUUCUUUUUCUUAAAUACGGCCUCAAAUACUGAGGCCCCAUAUUCGCUGUAAUUCAUCGAAUGUAAUUGAUUAAUAACUAUUUGAUGAAAUACGUAAUCGCGCAAAGCGCUCGCGAGAAUAAGUCUGAAAUGAUCAAAUUGUCUGAAAACGAAAUGAAUUAUUAAAUAACAUGUAUCAAAAAUAUUUGUUGAUUUAUUCAUCUUGCGAUUUUAUAUGAAAACUUUGAAAAUAUGUUUAGGUAGCGGCGUACAUAAAUUGUUAGCAAAAGGGGUGAAAAUCGAUGCGAGCGUCCUGUGAUCGUGUAUGUACAAGUGCCUUCGACAAGUAGCGUUUGUUUUUCUUUUUAUAAAUAAUGUACUCUUAAAAUUUCUAAAAUUCUCGCAUUACUGUAACGUGAAAAAAAGCCAAAGUGUUCGUGAAUAUCAUUUUGAACUUUCAUGAGUAUACAAAUUUCUACUUGCAAAUUUGGGAGGACGUCAAUCAAAAUUUACUCUGUAAUGUAACGCGAUUGAUAUAAUAAUCAUGAAUGUAAAUCGAUUUGAAAGCAAAUUCGACGGAAGAUAUAACAAGGAGUAGUUACCCAUUGCUUAGAUGAUAAAGUAAUUUAAUGCAAAAUUGCGCAAACCCAUAUUUUUAUAUAAAUUAUUUAUACAUAAUGUACAUAGGACGAUACACGAUGUUAAGCGUUAAACAUAUUUUUAUUGUUGGGAUUGUAAAACAUAUGUGAUAAUAGUACAGCAAGUGAAUAAAAUAAGAUACAGUCAUCAUAAA